UCUUAUAUCUUGGAGCUCAUCUAAACAACUUACGGUUUCUCGUUCCAGGCCCGAAUCGGAAUACUGUGCUCUUGCUCAUGCGUGUGCGGAAUCCAUCUACUUAUGUUUAGAGACUUUCUACAUUUAAUUCCACCUAUUGGAAAUGCGCAAAGAAUGCUAAAUAAUUCCAUCUACCAAGAGUCCAAAAUUUAGGAAAACGCAAUUUUUGGAGUUUGCAUUUACCUCCAGAAGAAGUUGGUGGUUCAGAUUAAUUUUAGGUCUCUUAAUUUCAAACUAAAUAUUCUAAAUUGUUUUCUUAUUAUCUUCUCUCAGAUCACCCAUAACAAAAGAAGAAGAGAAUGAAAGCAGAGCUAAUGAUGAAGCGCCUGAGAAAUUAUUUUCUUAGGCCGUCAGGUUUCUCUUCAUUGUUUCUCUGAUCUAAAUUAAUUUACUACAAAGGUGGGUAACACACAUUGGGGUGCAUUUAACUUUUAAGUUUAUAGCACACUCUUUAGAAGACGACCCAUAAUCUGGUUGCCUUGGCCAAAAUCUCCAUGGCGAGCCCAGCGCCAACAACACCUGAAAAAGAAAAGGCUGUUCCUGCAAAAGUUGAAAAGGAUGCAGGUUUAAUUAGAAAAGUUUUGUCAAUCAAGUCAUUGGGUUUAAUCAAAGCAUGGGAAGAAAGCGAGAAAACAAAAGUAGAUAACAAAGCAAAGAAAAAGUUUUCUAAUGUUGUGGCUUGGGAGCUAAGCAAGCAAGCAACCAUUGAUGCACGUCAAAAGAAAUAUGAGCAAAAGCUAGAAAAGAAGAAGGCUUUGUACAUUGAAAAGAUGCAAAACAAACUAGCUGAAAUCCAUAAGACAGCAGAAGAGAAGAGGGCGAUGGUUGUAGAGGGGAAAAGGAUAGAACGUAAUAAGGUGGACAAGAAGGCUGAUGAUUUCCGUGAGGUAGGGCUUGUACCAAAGAAAAUCCUACCAUGUUUUAACUAUUGAAUCAAUUUUUAGUUUCCUAAGAGCAGUUCCACCCGUUUUAAGAGGGCAAGGGCUAGAGCAUGUGAAUUGCU